AUGACAGAACAUUCUUAUAGAUCAAAGAGACCCUCUAUUGCAACAUUAACAAAAGAAGAAUACCGUUAUAUUGAGCCAGAUUCCAUAAAUGAAGAUUUAUACUGUUCAAUUUGCCAUGACGUUUUUGUUAAUGUCAAAAGAACACGUCGUUGUAAACAUUUAUUUUGUCAUUUUUGUAUUGCUCAAGCCUUAUCUUUGAAUAAAUCUUGCCCUAUUUGUAGAACACCUUGUCAAGAAAAUGAGUUACAAAUCUCAAUAAAAGUUCAAAAUGAUUUAGAUCAACUAAUGGUUUAUUGUAGAUAUCCUGAAUGUGAUUGGAAGGGAACUAGGGGAGCGUUAAAAAUACAUUUAAAAACAGAUUGUCAAUUUGUUCCUGUGCGUUGUGAUGAACAUGAAGAUCAUCCUGACUGUAAAGAAGUUUUACAAAGAAAAAACAUUGAAGAUCAUAGAAAAAAAUGUUCUUAUAAAAUGAUAAGAUGUCCUUUGUGGUGUAAUAAAAAAUUUUAUGACAUGGAAACUUUGGAGCAACAUCGUGAAAAAGAAUGUGUUAACCGCCAAAUUACUUGUCCUCAAUGUAAUGAAAUAAUGUUAUUCCAUGGAUUAAAAGAACAUGAUUUUAAUUGUCUAAAGAAACGUAUACCAUGUAUACAUAAAAAUAUUCUUGGAAGUUAUGGUGGAUGUAAUGCAGAGUUUGAAAGAUGUCAACUUGAGGAUCAUCUUAGUAAUUGUGUUUAUGAACCAUUGAAAGAUGCAUUUCAUGGAAUUAAUAAUCAUAUGACGGCAUUGGAAAGGAAAAUGGAAAUUAUUCAAAGAGCCCAUAAAGAAGAACUUGAUAGACUUUCCACACUAAAGCUUCGUUCUGAAGAUAUAAAAACACCAGAACAAUUAAGAAGCAUACUAAAAUUUAAUCCAGCAAUUAGGUCCCUACAUUUGCUAGAAUUUCAACCAGGAUCACAGUGGCAAUACUUGACCGAGGUAUUACAAUCAAAUGAAACCAUUGAAACCGUUAAUUUAAAAGGAAGUGAAAUUGAAAAAGUUGGUUCAGUUUUACUUACAAAAGCUUUAAAAAAUAAUACCACUAUUCAUACAUUAAUAAUUCCUGAUAAUAACCUUUGUGAUCAAGGAGUCAGCUAUUUAUCCAAAUCUUUAGAAACAAAUAAAACUAUACGAUGUAUUGAGUUAGCCGGAAAUAAUUUUGGUGAUAAGGGUAUGGAAUCAUUUUGUCGUGCUUUAGAAAUUAAUAUGACUUUGGAAAGCCUUGACUUAUCGUGGAAUAAUAUUCAUUCCAGAGGCCUUGAAUUUUUAAGCAAAUUGAUUGAACGGCCUUCAUGUAGUAUACAUACACUUGAUAUUAGUAAUAAUGAGAUUGGCCACAAAGGUGUUGAAAUUUUAGGAAAAGCUCUUGAACUAAACAAAUCUAUAAUUACACUUAAUCUUGAGCAUAUUAGAAUCGGAAACAAAGGUAUAGAAAUUCUUUCAGUAUCUUUGACGAAAAAUAAAUACUUGGAAAAAUUAAUUCUUGCAGAGAAUAAUAUUGAUAAUAAAGGAGUAGAGGUUUUAUCAGAUGCAUUGAAAAUUAAUUCUAGCUUGCAUACAUUGGAUUUGGAGGGUAAUAUUAUUGGAGAUUCUGGAGCUGAAAUUUUGAUUAAAGCAAUGAAUAGAGCUGCUCUUAUUGCUUUUACUGAAAAUAAAGUUGGAACUACAAUUUUCACUAAAACAAUAUUUUUAAGACGUAAUCAAAUAACUAGAGAAGGCAUAAAAAAAGCAACCAAAAAUGUUGAAUUUGUAAGAGUUGUUACAGAAAGAGGAUGA